AUGGUGCUCGAAGCUGGUUACCCCAACACGACCGGGUUCCGCAAGGUUGUCAAAGUCACCAUACUCAUCAAGAAGAAAGAAGGCAUGUCCGACGAGGACUUCAUAAACCACUACAAUAACGUUCAUGCCCAGAGGGCCGCCCCCGUCGUGCAGCGAGCAGGCGCAAUUAGCUACAGCUUGACAUACCAUCUCCAAAGGGACCGCAAAAUGAUACAAGACAUCAUGCACAAUAAGGCGAAGCUGGCAGACUACGAUGCUAUCUGCACCUUUGUCUUUCCAGACUAUCUGUGCCUAGCUAAGUUCAUGUACGACAAGGAGGGCGCGGCCUUGACCGGCGACCAUGACAACUUCAUGGAUGACAGCCAGAUGAAGAUGAUGGUUGGGGACGAGUACAUGGUCAUAGAAGAUGGUCAGAAGGUGGGAUGA